AUUUAAACUUUUUCUAUCCUUAGAGUAAAAAAAACACUGAUUACGUACAUAUAUAUGGAUGAAACCCGCAAAUAUCCAAACCACAAAUUAAAUCCUCUUUAUUUGUUAAAGUUAUGCGUCGGAAAUGCUGAAUAAUUCCUGUUCACCUUUUAGAUCUAGCCGUUUAAAACGCACUUCUCAAUCUUGACCACAAGAUGGCGGCGUUCGCAGUUCUGGUCAAAUAAGGUGGGAUUUCACCCCCUCUUUCUUCUCAGCAUCAUCCUGCUCUCUCUUCCUAGGGAUGUAUCGGCGUGCCGUGCACCUGUUUCAUCUGUUGUUUGAGGUCUUCGGGCGGUGAAAUGCCCCGUUUUAACCCGUUUUGUCAGUAACCACACGAAAAGGCUUAACCGACCUCUUCGGUGGUAUCACAGCGGCUUUGAUACGGUGUCAUUUGGACAGCGGUGGAGGAUGUGUUGAUUUGUCUUUCCCGAGGUGCAGCAGUGAGACAGCAUCUUUGCCGGUGACACAUCGUUAUCACUACGAGUGGACGAGGAGAUUGCUCUCUUCAGUGUUCAGUAUUGACCCACUUAUCCCAGACACCUGGAGCUUCUACAGCUCAGACUGGGCCACUUCCCAGGUGGCAGUCGCUAGUAGCGUAAGCCCCGCAGGACACCAUGUCGGACAAAAGCGACCUAAAAGCUGAGCUUGAGCGCAAGAAGCAGCGCCUUGCCCAGAUCAGGGAGGAGAAGAAGAGGAAGGAGGAGGAGAGGAAGAAGAAAGAGGUAAGGAAAAAAACGGAAAGCCAGCAGAAGACAGAAGCGACCCCAGAAGAUUCAGAUUUAGAUCGCAAGCGUAGGGAGACUGAGGCCCUGCUGCAGAGUAUUGGAAUCUCACCAGAGCCUCCACUAGUCCCGACUCCUGUGUCCCCCUCCAAAUCAGUAAGCACACCCAGUGAGACGGGGAGCCAGGACUCGGCCGAUGGAGGAGCAGCAGGCAGGUCAGGUUUCUCUAAAAACAAGUCCCAAGCACAGACCUCAAGGACACUGCAGUGGGACACAGACCCCUCUGUGCUGCAGCUGCAGGCUGAUUCUGAGCUCGGGCGCAGGAUGCAAAGACUGGGGGCCUCUAAGAUCACACAAGUAGACUUCCUACCCAAAGAGGUCGUCUCUUACAGCAAGGAGACUCAGACACCAACCUGCACCCUGUCUGAAGUAGAGGAAGAAGAAGAAGAUGAAGAGUUGAUGGAAACGAAGCCGGGGCCAGAGUCGGAGCAACAGGAUGAGGACGACAACAGGGAAAGCAAAGAAGGCUCAUUUCCAGUGCUGCGGGAGCUGACCGAGGAGGAGAGGCAACAGAUCCUGCACUCCUCUGAGUUUCAGAGUUUUUUCGACUGCAGCAUCCGAGUGAUGGAGCGAGCUCUGGCUGAAGACAGCGAGAUCUUCUUCGAUUACAGUGGCCGAGACCUUGACGACAAAGAGGGAGACUUGGGCAGUGGCUCCAGUCUGUCCUUCAGUAGGCUCUUCUAUGACGAGCACUGGUCAAAACAUCGUGUGAUCACCUGCCUCGACUGGUCCCCUCAGUAUCCUGAGUUGCUGGUUGCCUCCUAUAACAAUAAUGAGGAUGCUCCACACGAACCAGAUGGCGUUGCUCUGGUGUGGAACAUCAAGUUUAAGAAGGCCACCCCAGAGUACAUCUUUCACUGUCAGUCUCCGGUGGUGUCUGUGGGCUUUGCCAGGUUUCAUCCCAACCUGGUGGUGGGGGGGACGUACUCAGGACAGAUAGUCCUGUGGGAUAAUCGCAGUCAUCGCCGGACCCCUGUCCAGAGGACCCCUCUGUCUGCUGCUGCACACACUCACCCAGUGUACUGCGUGAAUGUGGUCGGCACACAGAACGCCAACAACCUGAUCACCGUGUCCACAGAUGGCAGGAUGUGCUCCUGGAGUCUGGACAUGCUCUCCCAGCCUCAGGAGACCAUGGAACUGGUGUACAAUAAAUCCAAACCCGUGGCAGUGACAUGCAUGGCCUUCCCCACGGGAGACGUUAACAACUAUGUGGUCGGGAGCGAGGAGGGCACUGUGUACACUGCAUCCAGACAUGGCAGUAAGGCAGGUAUCUGUGAGAUGUUCGAGGGCCACCAGGGGCCCGUCACGGGCAUCAGCUGUCACAGCGCGGUGGGCACCGUCGACUUUUCCCACCUCUUUAUCACGUCCUCGUUCGACUGGACCGUCAAACUCUGGAGCACCAAGCACAACAAGCCUCUGUACUCGUUUGAAGACAACGCCGAUUAUGUGUAUGAUGUCAUGUGGUCGCCUGUGCACCCUGCCAUGUUUGCUGCCGUGGAUGGCAUGGGCCGCCUGGACCUGUGGAACCUCAACAAUGACACUGAGGGCCUGUUGCUGGACCUCAGCCCGAACCACACAACCAAACAUCCAAGACUUUUCCCUCCCAUCAACCCCUCCACCACCAGUCCUUCCACAUCCCUCCCAACACACACACAAUUCCAGAUUCCCCCGUGGGCGUUUCCCACAGACCUUGCUUUAAAUCAGACUUUGACAUCUCCUUAUCCCAGCUCCCACCCAGCCAUCCCGCUAACAUUUCUACAACCUCUCUCCAAUGUUCAGGGAACCUCAGGACCCCACAAACCCCGUCCCAUCAUCCUCCCACACAGUGUCCCUUCGAAGGGGAACACAGAUGUGCCGGAGACCACGAGCAAAGCCCCAGCCCUCAGUCCACAGUUCCAUGAAAAUAAUAAUAAUAAAAAAAAGAAACUUCAGACCAGGGGUUGAGUUUCGCAAGGCUGUGGGGCAAGCAGUUAUUUUAAGAUGAGUGCAUUUAAGGCCACUGGAGGACACAUCAUAGUAUUAAACAGUUUGCAUGCAGUGUUAUACAGUGAGCAAAAUAAAAACACAACUUAUUUUUCUUUUAAAGGUCGCAUACGCUUACAAAAAGUGGAAUCAGGGUUUUUUUUGUUUUGUUUUAACACACAUGUACAAAGAGAAACAGUGUAAAAGUAGGGACGCAUUGACUGAAAUUCUGGGCCAAUAUUGCCAUUGAUGUUUACAGAGCUUAUGGUUGGCAUAUAUUCUGGUACAGGUAAAUUGCAGAUUGAAGUCACCUGAGGUCUGUUUUCUUACCCCUCCCAAUUAAGUGCAUAAUCCUCACUCCGAUAUCUGAUAUAGGACAAACAUGUAUUAGUCAGCCAACAAACAUCAGAAACAUUAAAUUUGGACUGUAUGCGUUUAAUGGCUGGCGUUUUUCCACCAUGUUUCGGAUUCACCUUGGAGUCUUUCCCUAUCUGUGGAAUUCAGUCAGUCCAUUGUUUACCUCAGCUGUCAGUGCCGGGUGAGAAGCC